AUGCUGUCCAACCGCCGUUCCUUGCUGGGAGGUCCCGCCGGUGGCCCAAUGUCCGUCGACAAGUCCAACCCCAACCGCGCCACAUGGUGCCGCCGCGCCUCAUCCUUCACCGUCGCCCCAGGCGCACACGCCGACGGAGCGCCACCAAUGUACAACAGCGCCCAGACAGACAACCAGCCACACUGCCAGUCGCCAUCCGUCCUCACAUCCACAACAGCCGAGAUCCCAGGCCACCGCGUGGUCAAGGUCAUCGGCUCCGUCUACGGCAACACGACGGCGGCGCUGCCAAAGGACGGCGUCAAGAUGUGGCUCAAGACGGCCUGCGGCAUGGGCGCCGAGGUCAGGAGCCUGACGAACAUCAUCUAUAACGCGAGGGACGCGGCGACGGAUAGGAUGGUCAUGGACUGCGUUUCGAGGGGUGGCAAUGCUAUCAUCGGGUUGAGCUGCACGGAGAGCGAGAUCGCAGGCUGCGCUACGGUUAGUGUGCAGGGCACGGCAGUUUAUAUGGAGAUCAGCAGGAAGGUGGUUGAGGAUCCGUUCAAGGGAGAAUGA